GCAAGCCCGAUGGCUUUGUCCAGCCUGGGCCCAUUUGCCUGUCCACGCCCCGCCGACGGGCCUUUUGCGUUCACAUGGGGAGGCCAGGGGAGCUAUUUGCGCAGCGGCCGAUAGUGGGCGAAGCCGGAUACAAGGUCGUUGAGCUGGCGCUUCCUGCUGCGCCGCUGCUUGUAGCCCUGAAGAUUCCAA